AUGAGAGAUGCCCAUCAUCGCCAAGUUAGUAGCAGCAGCUCGAGCUCAGGUUUCGAUACUUCAGCUUUCCGCUUCAAUGAGGAACCAUUCGAGGGAUGUUACGAAAUUGCAGAAGAACUUGGGAACGGGCAAUUUGCCGUGGUUCGACGAGUAAUUCAUCGAUCAUCCGGCGAACAGUUCGCAGCAAAAUUUAUCAAAAAACGACGCUAUGCGACUUCUCGUCGUGGCGUUACACGCUGUAAUAUCGAACGAGAAAUUGACGUAUUGCGAACUAUCGGUGGAUAUGAAUAUACCAUCAAAUUAUUCGAAGUGUACGAAACUCCAUCGGAUGUGAUCCUGGUCCUGGAACUAGUUUCGGGUGGCGAGUUGUUCGACUAUGUCUCAGCCAAAGAGUGCCUUGGUGAAACUGAAGCAGCGGCUUUCAUCCAACAAAUUUUGUUUGCUAUCAAGCAUCUGCACGACAAUCACAUCGUUCAUCUGGAUAUCAAGCCAGAGAAUGUAAUGCUCAAGAAGAAGGGCGAGUCGAAGAUUAAACUUAUUGAUUUCGGUCUUUCAAGAAGGAUUUUGCCGGGAACUGUUGUUAAAGAUAUGAUAGGUACACCUGAAUUUGUGGCUCCCGAAGUGGUCAAUUACGAGCCCUUAUCUUCCGCCACCGAUAUGUGGGCAUUAGGCGUUGUCACGUACAUAUUGUUAAGUGGUGGUUCACCCUUCCUCGGUGAAACACGCGAUGAAACGUUUGUAAAUAUAUCAGCUGUAAAUUAUCACUUCAGCGAGCGUUAUUUUGAACAUAUUUCACCGUGCGCAAAGGAUUUUAUUAGUCAACUUUUCGUUCGGGAUCAACGUAAGCGAGCUACGGUUAACGAGUGUCUCAGACAUCCUUGGAUUCGAGGCCCCGAUGGACUGGCUAAUGAUGUUCGCCAACACUCGAUGAUUUCUAUGGCGCAAAUACGCUCUUUCAAAAUACGCUUAAGAUGGAGGAGGAUUGUGGACAUCGUAAUAGCUUGCAAUAAAAUGACCGCAGACGCACGAUCCGCUAUGCAAAAGGCUUUGGAAGCUGGUCGAUCGGUCAGUUCUCGAUUCGAUCCCGAAGAACUAAUUGUCUCAGCAAUGCUGAUUACAUGCGAGGAAGGUAAUUUGGCAGGACUUGAUCAAUUGGCUGUAUUGCAUCGGAUCAACUUGAAUAUCGCCAAUCGAAUGGGUGAAACAGCGAUGCACGUAGCUGCAGGUGCAGGACAAUUUGAUGUCGUGCAUUAUUUGCAUAUGAAAGGUGCUGCACUGGAUGCAUCGGAUCGGCGAGGUGAUACGCCCUUGUUUUGGGCUGCACGAAAUGGUCAUACAAAUAUCCUGGGCUAUAUCACCAACGAGGAAAAUGUGGACAUUAAUGCUGUUAAUAAAAAUAGAGAAAGUGUACUUCACGUGGCCACUCGUUAUGCACAGUUUGAAUCAGCGUUGUUGUUAGUGGAACGUGGAGCUAACUCGUCGCUGCAGGACGCGCAUAACGAGACAGCGCUGCACAUUGCAAGUUGGCACGGUUAUACAGCACUUCUCGGGGUGUUGUGCAGAUUCAAUCCACCGCUUCAUCUCAGAAAUCAGGUCCGUUUCGGAUGA